AUCGAACCUCUCCCUUCCGUGACAUUCUUUUCUUCAUGUAGAUUUUAUGAUUGAGAGAGAUUGACAUGCCCAUAAAGACUACCUACUGGUCUAGUGAUGUAGUGUGAAAGUGAAGUCUCAAAAUCCCGCCCCCCGUCAGCCAAUCGUCACCAAAAUCGCCUGCUGGAAAAUCUCUCUCGUCACUUCUCCGCCCCUCUAACUUCCCGUGGCUCCCUCCGCUUUCAAUCUUCAACCACCGGCCGGAAAAUUAGGUGGAAAAAAAAAUGUACAAGUCCUUCCUUCAGACCUUCUGCCAACGGAAAAAAUGGCCUCUCCCGGUCUAUUCCGCCACCAAAGGCGGCCCCGACCACCUCCCCCACUUCCUGGCCACCGUCACCGUCAACGGAACCUCUUUCGCAUCGGAAGUCGCCGCCAAGUCCGCCAAGGAGGCACACAAUGAGGCCGCCAGAGUCGCAUUCGUACAACUCGGCUCCACCGACGUUGUCUUGAAUUCAAGCCACGGAGCUGUUUCUGAUGAGGGAUUGCAGACUAUCAAUGGAAACCCACAACCAAGCGGAAGUGCCGAGAUCCCCAAAGAUAUGCAACAUUUGUGUAAAAAUCAGUUGCAGAUCUAUGCUCAGAAGAGAGGUCUUCCAUUGCCAUUGUAUUCUCAUGAGCGGGAUGGUCCUCCUCAUGCUGUUAGAUUUAAGUCUACCGUCACAAUUGAGGGGAAAACCUACACGGGCGACGGAUUCUUCCCUACAUUGAAAGAUGCUGAAAAUUCAGCAGCAAAGGCUGCAUUAGCAUCAUUGUUGCCUAGCGGUAGUGGAGAGGAGGAAAUGGGUUACAAGAACCUGCUGCAGGAAUUUGCUCAGAAAAAGUGUUUUCUUCUCCCCAUUUACGUCACAACAAGAGCUGGUGAAGUUCAUGCACCUACUUUCAUUUCGACAGUGGAGGUAAAUCAGCAGGUUUUUACUGGACAAGAAGCAAGAACCAAGAAGCUGGCAGAGAUGAGUGCAGCAAAGACUGCUUAUACUCACCUUAAAGAGGGCAAUUCGAAUCAAAGUGCCGCUGGCCCUGUUGCUGCUGGCCAAGAGCAAGAACUUUGCUUGCCAACUCCCAAAGUUGACUCUGGUUUACUGGCUCAUCUAAAUCAGAAUUUUCAGCCUAAACUUCACCCUGUUGCUGCCAGCAAAGAGCAAAAACUUGUUUCGUCGUCUCCUCAGGUUGAGUUGGGUCUCCUCGUUCAUCCUAAUCAGAAUAUCGGGCCUGAACUUCUUGUUCCAAGUGAAAAGGUGGGCCAUGCAGGUAAGAGCUUUUCUUCAAAGCUAUAUGAGACGUUGAUUUGAACCAUCAGGUUUUGUGAUGCAAGCUCCUUGUUUAUGGGGACAGACACUCUUUUAAUAGUUUUUUGUUAGGCAUGAACCAAAGUAUCGAUGCAUCGCGAUUUAAGAUUUUUUCUUGGGCACAAGAGCUUCAAUCUUGAAUCUCAUGAACUGUAACUUCAUUGCACCGUGUCAUCAGAAUCUAAAUACGCCUGCAAUUCAUUUCUUGACGCAAGAUGGGACAUUAUAUGGGUGGAAGUGUGUUUCUAGUGACUGUGAAGCGUAAACCCACUAUCUUACUAUGCAAGCAGGUGUUGCUGAACCUUCCACCAUCGAUCCUGGUUCUUUUAGCAACAAAACAAUCAGUAAAAUUCCAUCUCCAUCACCGGGCAGCCCAUCCUUAUCCAAUCUCCAGGAGGAAACUGCAGAUAGUGGUACUGUAGUGGCAGGUACUAAUCCAUUGGUUAUACACCCCAGUCCGGACAGCACCGAAGUGGUUAAAAAUCUUCCUGCUUCACAUCCAGCUGCCUCUCCAUGUUUCAUUCCUUCAGUUACCGAUGCUGGUGGUGUUGUGGAUUCUGACUCAAGCAUCCAACAUCAGAAGGGUCUAAACCCUGGACUCCCUGCAUCAAUAUCUCUCAUGCCGUCAGCUACGCUUGCAGAUGACAGAUCAUAUUCAGGUAUCAGUGGUCUUAUCAAGUCCAGCAUCGGACUCCCAAACAGGAUUGUCAUUCAUCCACGAAACAUUAGUCUCACUUAUCCUCCAGGCAGCACCGUGUUACCGGUCAGUGAUAGCAAUUGGGUUGCUGUGAGCAGCUCUUCUCAAUCCACCUUGUGAGAACGCAUGGAUCCUUGUGACGUAUGGCUUGGUUUGGCUUAGUGUUCUGAGGCUAUCUUGUGUUGAACUUGUAAGCUUGUAGUAAUUUGUCACCCUUAAUGUAGUUAACCGUAAAUGUUGUUCUUUUAUAAACCAGUCUAACAGCAGGUGGUAAUACUUGCCCAAUGUUCAUGCUAAUGUUUUAGGAAUUUGGUGGACAAUAGAUAUCUAUUAACAAGUUGUUCACGAUCACCACCAUAAUUCCAUCCGUAAUUCUUGGGACCAUUUUCUAAAAUUUUCGUGACU